CCGGCUCCGCGCCCCGACCGACCUCUCGCCUGGCGGGCGGCGCGGAGCGGUGAUCCCUGGUGCCCGAGGGGACCGCCGUGACCUUCCCCUUCCCCUGGGCCGGGCAGGGACGGCGGCCGUCCGGCCUCCGGAAUGCUGCCCCCCUUCAGCCGCCAGCACGCUUCUCUCGUGCUUCACUGCCCCCCCCGCCCUGCCCCGUGUGUGCCUUAAUCCCAGGUCAAGGGGAAAAGCUUUUGCAGGAAGGACAGUGUGUCUAGAAGGGUAUCUCUUGCCUAUCUAUAUACAUUUUUGGGGUUAACUAACUCCCUUCAGAUACUGAUGUAGAAUUGAGGAAGACAUGCAGUUGUAGAUCUCAAGCGAUAUUAACCCAGGGCCGGUGGGUCAGAGGGAGCUGGUGAUUCUGAAGACAGCCCAGUUAUCAUGGCUCAUGCUACUAUUUAUGUGGGUUUUACUGUUCCUCAAUUACUAAGAGGUGCUAGCAGAAUUUUCCCCACUCAUUCUGCACUGGUGGUGUUGAGGCACUCUGCAUUUUGCUACUGCACAGUGAAUGGCACAAUAAAAUCAAAAAGGAAAAUGGAUCAUCUAGAGAGGACAGCAAAUAAUUUUCGCCAGGAGGUAAUUUCACAAGCAAAAGUGUGUGGAAUCACCAAUGAGUCAGAGACAGUCAAAAGACUUCGUUUGGCUAUCGCAAAUAAAGAUUUUACUUUCAAAGCAGGACAGUGGGUUGAUUUCUUUAUUCCUGGAAUAUCUGUAGUUGGGGGAUUCUCAAUAUGUUCAAGCCCUGGCCUGUUGGAGCAAGAAGGAAUAUUAGAGCUGGCAGUAAAGUACACUGUUCAUCCUCCUGCUCACUGGAUUCACACUGAGUGUGCUCUUGACUCAGAAGUGGCUCUGCGAGUGGGAGGUGAUUUCUUCUUUGAUCCUCAGCCUGGUGACUCCCCUGUAAAGCUAGUGCUGAUAGCAGGGGGUGUUGGAAUUAACCCAUUGUUUUCUAUACUGCUGCAUAUAGCAGAUCUUCAUGGAUACCAAGAGGGUAAAGGAAAUGGAUACAAAAUGGGAACAGUGAAGCUGUACUACAGUGCAAAAAAUACAAGCGAACUCUUAUUUAAGAAGAAUAUUCUUGGUUUGAUGAAUGCAUUUCCUGGAAAGAUCACAUGUCGUUUCCACGUCACCCAACAGAGUUCACAGAUCUGUAAAGAACUUCAGCCACAUGUUACAGAGGGAAGAAUAUCUGAAAAGGAUCUAGAAGAACAUGUAUCUAAGGAUACUCUAUGGUACAUUUGUGGUCCACCUCCAAUGAUAGAAUCUCUAUCCACACUACUAUCUAACAUUGGUGUUCCUAGAAACUGUGUUUUCUUUGAAAAAUGGUGGUAGUGACACCUGCUGAACAGAGAAUAUAUUAUUUGUUUCCAGAGUAUUUUAAUAAGCUGAAAUGUACAGAAAUGGACUAUGAAUUAUUUGGAAGACUUUACUUCACACAUGAAGAUGUCCUCAGUCAUGAUGGUGUUCCUUUAAUUUAACUAUAAUACACUUGUAAUACAAUGCUGCUGCUGUUGGGGGGGGGGAAAGUGAUUUUAUAUUAAAGAGAUUAACUUCUGCUUGUUUGAUGGUUUGCUUGCUUCUUACAGGUAGCAGCAUAUUUUCACUUUAUACACUUUGUUUUGUUAGUCAGCCUUUAAAAGACUUAAAAGUCCGAUUCAGCAGUUGUAGAGAAUUAGUUGUGCAGCAAGGCCAGGUCAGUUUAUAAUAAAUUCAAGCCACAACUUCUGAAUCUGUUCUGAAUUGUUUUGCUAAUGAGUCAACACCCUGCCUUCCCCAGUUCUAUAUUAUAAAUUAAUAUUUUUAUAGAA